UCAGAUCCCAUUUGGCGAAGAUAUUGCUAAGAAAUCUGUGCGGAAAUCAUGGCCAAGUACGCCCAGAACACCACCACCGGCCACACUUGUCCAUGGGGAAGUGCCGAUGACAAUUUGCCACCGGAUGCCUUCACUUUGGCAGCCAAGAAAGCCGCAGCCAAGCGCAGGGAUUCACAGGACAGCAACAGCUCCUCGGUUGUGCUUGCGCAUACACCUGCGUGCCUUGCAGCGGCUGGAGCUGGGUACAAUACGGGACGAAGCGUCGAAAAGGACAAACUCAAGGAGUCCGUUGCCCUUAGCACAAGCCGCUCUUCUGUGAAGUCCGGCGGAUAUGACGGGAAGGCCACGGGGCGUUCCACUACGUCGCUGAAGACAAAGGAGGUCGAACUUGAGAAGAAAAUGAUGGACUUGAUCAGUCAAUGCCUGGACAACAAAGUCUUGGAGUUGCGCCAGCCGCCCAAAGCCUGCACUGACGACGCGGCCUCCGUAGGGUCCUCCACGGCGCGGAGCGAGACGGCGUUGAGCACGGCCAGAUCAUCACAGAUUGAGACAGCGAGAGAGCAAGCAACUAAGCCCAAGGUUUCAAAGGCCAAAAGCAUUGAGGGUGGUUACGAGGCGCUGGAGCGAUACCCUGCGUUGUUGAAGGAGAUGAAGGGCCUUUCCGCCUCAAGGAAAGAAGUGCCGGAAGGGCUCACCAGCAACGGCAAGCAGAAGCAGGCCAUGAAGUUGUCUGAAGCGUCCCUGGGCAAGUUUGACGCUGAUGAGUCGCGCCUGGCCUAUCUCGAAAUGCAAAAAAGUGCUGCAGAAGCGCGCAACAAAAACCGCUCUGCCCUUUGCUUUGGCGACGACACAGGCAAUGCUGGCCCAGCAGCUGCCCACAAGGAUGUGACCAUGGCUGAGAAGCGCGAUAAAGCCAAGAAAUUGUCGGAUGCAUCGUUGGGGAAAUUCGAUGCAGACCAGUCUCAGAUUGCGUACCUGGACAUGCAGAACACUGCAGCGGAAAUGCGAGCCAAGAAUCGCGUGGGACAGGGCAUCUUUUGAUCCCCUCCUUGUGCAUUCUAUGCAGUCUUGCUGUGCUCUCUUCACUGGCCUUUCUCGACCACUCACAAGUGGUGCCUUUGAACCAUUCGUGAGGGUCAUCUAGCGACAGAUCUCCGUAGCAUUCUUUGAGUGGCGAGCUACUGCCCUGGGGUUGCCCCAUGACCACCACAGAAAGCUGUCGGUGCCAUGUGACAGAACCCUUGCAGAUCUGGAGGGUGUGUUUCUUUCUCUCGGAUUUGAUGACUUAGCGACUUAUUUGGGUUCGAG